AUGCGAUCGGCACUAAACGCUGAACGAACAUCAUCAUUACUCAAUCCUGAUAUGCCAAAGGAACUAGAAGUUUGUGCUGUGACCUGGAUUAAUCAACUAGAACAAAGAUGGCUUAAACUAGAAUCUAAAGUAAUGGAUUACACAAAUGAAGCUAAAAAUAACCUAAAAUUUUUAAGCACGUUGGAAGAAUAUUGUGAACCUCUGUACAGAUAUGAUCCAGUUGGGAUGUUGGACAGUGUACCAAAACUUGUGACAAUGAUUCGUUUAGUUUAUGAGAUAUCCACAUAUUACAAUACUCAAGAAAAAAUCACUUCACUAUUUGUUAAAGUUACAAAUCAAAUAAUAUUUGCAUGUAAAGCAUAUGUCACUAAUAAUUAUCAAAGUACAAUAUGGACAGAGAAAACAGAAGUUCUUUUGAAAAAGAUCAUCGAUUGCUGUAAUUUACAUCAAGUUUAUAAGAAUUCAUUUCAACGAGUCAAAACAGAAUUAGCUGCCAAGCCGAAUUCGAAAAAAUUUGAUCUGUCUGAAAUGCAUAUAUUCGGUAAAUAUGAUUUGUUCUGCCGAAGAUUGCUUGAAAUUAAUGAGAUAUUUCAUAUGAUCUCAUCGUAUUCUUGCUUGCUUGUGUCGAAAAUCGAAAAAUUAGAUCCACUGAUUGAACGAUACAAUUUCGCUGUAAAUGAGCUACGAAAUAAUGAAUUUGAUUUUCUCGACCAACGGAACACCGAUGUCGAUGACUGCAUUAUAAAGUUUAAAAAGAAGAUGAAUGAUAUACGGUUUGAAAAAUUAAAGUUAGCAAACUUGGGUGUAGAUGAAGCACAUCUAAAAUUGUUACAUCGUUUUGCUCAGCUUAUAGAAAACGUUGGUAAAGAAUACAAGAAAUUUAAAGAGUCACCACCGAUCGGUCGUGAUGUACCUCCAAUAGCAGGUAAAAUUUCCUGGGCAAAAGAAUUAUACCGGAGAAUUGAAAAUCCAAUGCUUAAGCUAACUGAUAAAAUCAAAUUGAUGCGAUCAAAGGAAGGCAAAGAAAUUACUAAGAAGUAUAAUAAAUUAGCCGAAGUUUUGAUCACCUACGAAAUGGUUCAUUAUCGUAAUUGGAUAAACCAGAUAUCUUUUGCAAAAGUUAGUCUACGGGAUCCUUUGCUUUAUCAAGAUGAAGGAACUAAUCAUAUUACUAUUGCGCUGGACCCAGAAAUUUUAAUUGUAUACCGAGAGAUAGAAUUACUAUCUAAAUGGGGAUUAGAUAUACCUGAAAUUGCUUUAGAAUUAAGUGAGAAAGAAACGCAGUUGAAAUUACAUUACAAUGACUUGAAAGGGAUGUUGGCUAGUUUAAAUGAAAUAGAAGUUAACAUGGAUCCAAUGUUUACCAAAUUGAUGCGAGCACAACUUGCACACUUACAAAAUUUACUAAAACCGGGCUUAUCUUUACUGAACUGGACAAGUCUUGGAAUCAAUCAUUUCAUUGAAGACGUAACAAGUUAUAUAAAUGAGCUGAAUUUACUACGUGAACGUGCAAAUGAUCUCAAACAAUAUCGAAUCGAACAAAUUUUAAGAGAUAUAUCCAAUACAACUUUGUGUGAACUAAGUGAUUCAGAACCGUGGACUAUAGAUUAUUUCUUAGAACAUACUAAAUACUUGUGUACUGAAGCUGGGAAUGUUUUGGAAACUAAAAGUCAAAUAAUCCAAGAUUCAGUGCAUGAAUUAAUCGACAUGCUUUGCGGUGAAUAUCGGUUAUAUUUAAUGCAAGAAGAGGAAAAUGAUGAAAGAAACACGACUUCUAGGGGAUUAGCAAGAACUUCCCAAAAGUCAGUAACUGCGAUUUCAAGGACAGCAGGUACAAAAAGUGCAAGAGAAUGUCGUAAACGGCUGCUUGAAGAUGCUGCACUCCGGAUAUUAGAACAUUUUCACCACAGAACUGUAGAUACUUUAACCAAAUUAAUUCGUAAUACAUUGGAUAAUCUUCGUAGAUGUUUAACUUUGCCUUCAAUUUUAGCCUACGAGAGCAUGAAUUCCGAAGGAUCAGUUCAGCUUUAUUUUUCAUGUCAUGCUCAAUUAUCUAUACCAUCAAUUGUAAUCCAUCCGCCUCUCGAUGAUUUUCAAAAGGCGAUAAAUACUGCUACACGUUUGGUUAUAUCGGUUGCUCGUCAGGUUUCGGUGUGGGAUUUAAGAUUACGUAAUCCGUUCGGCUUAAAAGAGCAUUCUAAAGUUGAAGAAAGCUUGUCAUCAAUUGAAGUUAGAAAAUCAAGUCAAAUAGACGGUUCAACAUAUAUGAGUAGUGACUGGACUGGAGAAGCAACCGCUUCAUCUGAAGCUAACGAAAUAACCACCUAUCCAAUAGAUGAAGGCUCCAGUGUCCAAGAUAAUCAGUACGACAGUAAAGAUGUUGCAAAUUAUUUUAAUAAAAUUUCCCAAAAUAAAGAUAUAAAUAGACUAAGGGGUAUGCUUACAAGUGCUUUCUCAUCAAUUCAACAGAGCGUAAAAUCCUCACUUCAACAUUUUGAUCAGUAUAAAUGGUUAUGGGAGAAAUCAAAAACGGAAGAAUUUGAAAAAUUCAUGUCAACUAAUCCCUCUAUUAUUGAUUUUGAAGAGGCUAUUCAGAAGUUUUAUGAGAAAGAUCAACUGAUCAACAAUGAGCCUGAAAUAUGUGGUUGCAGUCCACUAGCAAUUUACACAGACCGUUUAAAAGAUGGAUUACUUGCGGAAACAAGGAAAUGGCGCUUAGAAUACGGGAGAUUAUGCAACUCAACAUUUAAAAAUCAAGUUGAAUCUUUGUUUGAAAUGAUUGAAAAGUAUGAAAAGAUCUUAUCAAAGCCCGUCAAGGAUUUGGAUGAUAUAAGAAUACUGAUGAAUGCAUUGAAGGAUUUACGUGAAAUGGAGGUAAAUGUUGACCUGCAACUUGGACCUAUUGAAGAAUCUUAUGCUUUCCUGGCUAAACACUCAGUUCCAGUAGAUAAAGAAGAGACUGAUAAAGCAGAUACUUUACGUUAUCAAUGGGAAAAGUUGUGUAAACAAGUGUUAGACGUACAAAAUCAGUUAAUUGAGGUUCAACCAGAAUUUCGCAAUAAUUUAUUAGAAAAUAUAACUACGUUUAAUGAAAACUGUUUAAAAUUCUACAACGAUUAUGAUGAAGCUGGACCAAUGGUGAGAGGCAUACCCCCUCGAGAAGCAUCUGAUCGUCUUAUUAUAUUUCAAAAUCGUUUUGAUAAUCUAUAUCGCAGUUAUAUCACGUAUAAUGCAGGUGAACAGUUAUUCGGAUUGCCAAUUACAGAGCACACUCGGCUGGAUGCCAUUAGGAAACAGUUAAAUCUACUACAAAAACUUUACCAGUUAUAUGACAGGGUUUUAAACAAAACAGCUAGUUAUUAUGAUAUACCGUGGUCUGAAGUUAAAGUUGACUUGAUUUCACAAGAACUGCAAGAUUUCCAAAACCGCUGCCUUAAAUUACCAAAAGCUUUACAUGAAUAUCCAGCAUAUGAUGAUUUGAAGCAGACAUUGGCUAAUUUUGACCAGAUCAUCCCAUUAUUGGAGUUGAUGACCAAUCCAGCCAUGCGUGAACGACAUUGGAAACGUUUGGCUGCAAUAACUGGACAACCGUUCAAUGUUGGUGAUAGUGAUUUUACUCUAAGCAAUGUGCUUAAUGCGCCUUUACUUGAACACUAUGAAGAUUUUGAAGAUGUUUGUAUAGCAGCCAUUAAAGAGCAAGAUAUUGAGAAAAAACUACUUAAUUUAAAAUCUGAAUGGAGUGCACAACAAUUUGAAUUUGUUCAUUUUAAACAUCGUGGUGAAUUGUUACUACGAGGUGAUCACACUUUGGAACUGAUUAAUUUAAUGGAGGACUCGUUAAUGGCCCUUGCCCCUCUUUUGAGUAAUCGCUACAAUGCGCCGUUCCGCAAAGAUAUUCAAAAUUUCAUCUCACGGUUAUCGAAUUCCAACGAAAUUGUUGAACAGUGGCUGGCAGUUCAAAAUCUAUGGAUUUAUCUUGAGGCCGUUUUUAUUGGCGGUGAUAUAGCCCGUCAACUUCCACAUGAGGCUAAACGCUUCUCUAAAGUGGAUAAAUCGUGGUGUCGCAUCAUGCAAAGAGCUCAUGAGACAACUCAUGUUUUAACAUGCUGCGUCGGUGAUGAAAUGCUCAGUCAGUUAUUACCACAUCUAAUGGAGCAGUUAGAAAUAUGUCAAAAAAGUUUGACUGGUUAUUUGGAAAAGAAACGUCUUCUCUUCCCUCGCUUCUUUUUCGUUUCUGAUCCAACUCUUCUGGAAAUUCUGGGUCAAGCAUCAGAUCCUCAUGCGAUACAAGCACAUUUACUUUCUGUGUUCGAUAACAUUAAAAGUGUGAGGUUUCAUGAAAAACAAUAUGAAACAAUUUUAACUUGUUACUCACAAGAAGGUGAAGUAUUGGAGUUAGAGCACCCAGUAAAAGCCGAAGGACAUGUAGAAGUUUGGUUGAAUCAAUUAUUGCAAGAAGCACAGUUCUCAUUACAUCAGGUAAUAAGAGAAGGCUAUCAAGUAGUGAUGGAAGAAGAUGUCAACAUAUCAGAAUUUCUUGCAACAUUCCCUGCCCAGGUUGGGCUAUUGGGCAUCCAGUUUAUCUGGACAAGAGAUUCAACUAACGCACUAAAAGAAGCCAGAUAUAACAAAAAGAUUAUGCAAAGAACUGAUCAUGAAUUUGGUCGUCUACUAAAUAUGCUUAUACAGCACACUACACAAAAUUUAACGCAAGUGGAACGAACUAAAUUAGAAACAUUAAUCACCAUACAUUUACAUCAAAAAGAUAUUUUCGCAUCAUUAGUUAAAGACCGUAUCAGGUCACCGACAGAUUUUGAUUGGCUUAAACAAACACGUUUCUACUACUUAGAAGAUUCAGAUCUAUGUCUCAUUUCAAUUACCGAUGUAGAUUUCACUUAUCAAAAUGAAUUUAUUGGAUGUGUAGAACGAUUAGUUGUUACACCACUUACAGAUCGAUGUUAUAUUACACUUGCGCAAGCGAUUGGCAUGUCUAUGGGUGGUUCACCAGCUGGACCAGCAGGAACUGGUAAAACAGAGACAGUAAAAGAUAUGGGUAGAUGUUUAGGAAAAUAUGUCAUUGUAUCAAAUUGUUCUGACCAAAUGGAUUUUCGUGGCUUAGGCAGAAUAUUCAAAGGUUUAGCACAAUCUGGUUCUUGGGGUUGUUUUGAUGAAUUCAAUCGUAUUGAACUACCUGUGUUGUCUGUAGCCGCUCAACAGAUCGCUAUCAUAUUGACAUGUAAAAAGGAGCAUAAAUCUCAGUUUGUGUUCACAGAUGGUGAAACUAUAGCUAUGAAUCCACAAUUCGGAAUAUUCUUGACAAUGAACCCUGGUUAUGCUGGACGACAGGAAUUGCCUGAAAAUUUGAAAAUCAACUUCCGGACAGUUGCCAUGAUGGUACCCGACAGACAAAUAAUUAUACGUGUUAAACUGGCAUCAUGUGGUUUCCUUGAAAAUACUAUAUCAGCACAGAAGUUUUACACAUUAUAUAAAUUAUGUGAAGAACAGCUGAGUAAACAGAUUCAUUAUGACUUCGGAUUACGAAAUAUUCUUUCUGUGUUACGUACGUUAGGUGCGGUUAAACGUGCCAAUCCAAAUGAUACAGAAUUCGAAACAGUAAUGCGUGUAUUACGUGACAUGAAUUUGAGUAAAUUAGUUGGACCUGAUGAACCAUUAUUUUUAUCGUUACUUGAUGACCUAUUUCCUGGUAUUUCUUUAGACAAAGGUGGUUAUCCAGAGCUUGAAAAGGCUAUAAAACAGAACCUACAAGAAUCCCGUCUAAUUAGUCAUCCUCCAUGGUUUCUUAAAGUUAUACAGUUGUAUGAAACUCAACGUGUUCGUCACGGUAUGAUGACAUUAGGACCAUCAGGUACAGGGAAAACUUGUUGUAUUCAAGCUCUAAUGAAGGCAAUGACUGAUUGCUUUGAACCACAUCGUGAAAUGCGCAUGAAUCCGAAAGCGAUUACGGCUUCACAAAUGUUUGGGCGUUUAGAUGUUGCUACAAACGAUUGGACAGAUGGUAUAUUUUCCACUCUAUGGAAAAGAACACUGAAAGCUAAGAAAGGUGAACAUAUCUGGCUUAUAUUAGAUGGCCCAGUUGAUGCAUUAUGGAUUGAAAACCUGAACUCGGUUCUUGAUGACAGUAAACUUUUAACACUGGCCAAUGGUGAUCGUAUUCCAAUGGCACCAUGUUGUAAGAUAAUUUUUGAAGUAGACAAUGUUGACAAUGCAUCACCUGCAACUGUUUCAAGAAAUGGUAUGGUAUACAUUAGUACAACUACUUUAAAUUGGUUACCGAUAUUACAAGGAUGGUUAUUGUCACGUGAAAAAAAUGAAGCUGAUCAGUUGCUGCAGUUAUUUAAGUUAUCGUUUGAAAGUGUUUACGGAUACGCAACUAGGUAUCUGAACUUUAAGAUGAGUGUUUUAGAGGCGUUUGUAAUUCGCCAAGCUUGCGAUAUUCUGAACGGAAUACUGCCUAAUGCAAAAGAAAAGGAUUAUCCAUCGGUCACACUAAAGCAUUUGGAACGGAAGUACGUAUUUGCAUUGAUGUGGAGUAUUGGUGCGUUUCUUGAAGGUGAUGAUCGUGCUAAAUUCGAGACAUAUUUACGUAAACAUGAAACUGUAAAAUUUGACCUACCAGAAAUCUCUACGGAAUCACAAACGACAAUAUUUGAUUAUUUAGUAAACGAUCUAGGUGAAUGGAUUCAUUGGGAUACAAAAGUUGAUGAAUUUCACUAUCCAACUGAUCAUACACCAGAAUACUCUUCGUUACUUGUACCGAAUGUUGACAAUGUGCGGACAGAAUUUCUGAUUGAUUUAAUCUCAAAACAACAAAAAUGUGUACUGUUAAUUGGUGAACAAGGUACAGCUAAAACUGUGAUUAUCAAUAAAUACUUGAGUAGUCAAAAUCCCGAAUUUCAUAUAUUCAAAACCUUGAAUUUUUCGAGUGUUACUACACCAUUGUUAUUUCAACGUGCAAUAGAAAGUUUCGUCGAUAAACGAAUGGGGAGCACGUAUGGUCCACCAGCUGGUCGAAAAAUGACGGUUUUUAUCGACGACAUCAGUAUGCCGUUGAUAAAUGAAUGGGGUGAUCAGGUAACAAACGAAAUAGUGCGCCAGCUGAUUGAAAUGAAAGGAUUUUACAAUCUACAAAAACCAGGUGAUUUCACAUCCAUUGUUGAUGUUCAGUUCGCAGCAGCUAUGAUACAUCCGGGUUCCGGUCGAAACGAUAUACCCCAUAGAUUGAAACGACAGUUCUGCAUAUUUAAUUGCACCUUGCCAAGUAACGCGUCGAUCGAUAAAAUAUUCGGUGCAAUAGCUCAGGGACAUUAUUGUCUUGAAAGAGGAUUCACAGAUACUUCAGUAAUUGAAACAGUCAAUCUAAUUGUCCCACUGACAAGGAUUUUAUGGCAAACAACUAAGAAUAAAAUGUUGCCAACACCAGCUAAAUUCCAUUAUAUUUUUAAUCUACGUGAUCUCAGUCGUAUAUGGCAAGGGAUGCUUGGUACAUUACCCGAAGUAAUCAACAGUACAAAACGAUUAAUGAUGCUUUGGCGUCAUGAAUGCACACGCGUAUUAGCAGACAGAUUCGUAUCAGAAGAUGACCACCAGUGGUUUAAUUUGGCAACUAAACGUUUAGUUAAGGAAGAACUUGGAAUGGAAUAUGUGACUAUGAUUGAAAGUGAUCCACUAUAUUUCGUUAAUUUUCUUCGUGAUCCUCCCGAACCAACUGGUGAUGAGCCGGAAGAUUAUGUUGUUGAAGUACCAAAAGUUUACGAACCAAUUGAAUCGUUUCAACAAUUAUCUUCACGUAUGGAAAUGUUUUUGCAUCAGUAUAAUGAAUCGAUUCGUGGUGCACGGAUGAAUUUAGUACUUUUUCGGGAUACAUUAACACAAAUCGUUCGAAUAGCACGAAUUAUAUAUAUGCCUCGUGGAAAUGCUCUACUAGUAGGUGUCGGUGGGUCUGGGAAACAGUCAUUUACAAAACUUGCAUCUUACAUCGCUGGUUAUCAAACUUUUCAAAUUACAUUGACAAGAUCUUAUAAUACUACAAAUUUAGUGGAAGAUUUGAAAUUCCUUUAUCGUACAUCUGGUCUAAAAGGACGCGGUAUCACAUUUAUCUUUACCGAUCAAGAAAUUAAAGAUGAAGCUUUUCUAGAAUAUUUAAAUAAUGUUCUUUCUUCUGGUAUCAUGUCAAACAUUUUUACGCGUGAGGAGAUGGAUGAAAUUCUACAAGAUCUAAUUCCUACUAUGAAAAAGGAAUAUCCGCGCUUGACACCAACUAAUGAAGAUCUAAACGAUUUUUUCCUUAGGAGAACGCGAAAAAAUCUUCAUGUUGUUUUGUGCUUCUCCCCAAUCGGUGAGAAGUUUCGUCUUAGAUCUUUAAAAUUUCCUGGAUUAUUAUCGGGAUGUACAAUAGAUUGGUUUCAUCGUUGGCCAAAGGAAGCCUUAGUCGCUGUAGCAAAUCAUUAUUUGAUUGAUUUCCCGAUUGUUUGUAACCAACAGACAAAAACCUCUUUAAUUAAUACUAUGGGUAUAGUACACCAUGGGAUAACUGAAGCGUGCAUAGAUUAUUUCUCAAGAUAUAGACGACCAACUCACGUUACACCAAAAUCAUAUUUGUCAUUUUUAUGCAGUUAUAAAUCAGUAUAUUUGCAACAACAUAACCAUUAUGCGAGUUUGUCUAAACGCAUUGAUGGUGGUUUACAAAAACUAGUUGAGGCUCAAGAGAGUGUUGCUCAAUUGACUAGAGAGUUGGCCAUGAAAGAAAAAGAUCUUGAUGUUGCUAAUAAAGAAGCUGAAGAAGUACUUCGGACAGUUACUGUUCAACAAAAUGCAGCAACUGAAGUAAGAAACAAAGUACAAGUUGUCAAAGAUAAAGCUCAGGCCAUAGUUGAUGAUAUUGAUCGUGAAAAAGCUUUGGCUGAAGCAAAAUUAGAAGCAGCUAAACCAGCCUUACAAGAAGCUGAAGAGGCGUUGAAUACCAUAAAACCAGCUGAUAUAGCUACAGUUAGAAGAUUAGGAAAACCACCACAUUUAAUUAUGCGCAUCAUGGAUUGUGUACUGCUUUUGUUUCAACGUCAUCUUGAACCAUAUCGAAGUGAUCCAGAACGGCCCUGUCCAAAGCCCAGUUGGAGUGAAUCUUUAAAACUGAUGACGAAUACGGGCUUCUUGUCCAUGCUAGUGUCUUUUCCAAAAGAUACUAUUAAUGGCGAAACUGUGGAGUUGUUGGAACCAUAUUUGAAUAUGGAAGAUUACACACUUGAAGUUGGCAAAAAGGCUUGUGGUAACGUCGCUGGUCUGUUGUCAUGGACAAAGGCGAUGGCUUAUUUUUAUACGAUCAAUAAAGAUGUUUUACCAAUGAAAGACAACUUAGUAAAACAAGAAGCUAGAUUGGCUAAAGCUAUGGUUGAUUUAAAUGAUGCUCAAGCAAUACUUGAUGAAAAAGAACGUGAGUUAGCUAAAGUUCAGGCGGUUUAUGAAGAAGCAUUACGUAAGAAAAAUGCUCUAAUUGAGGAUGCUGAAUUGUGUCGACGUAAAAUGAUCGCUGCCUCAAAACUUAUUAGGAGUUUAGAAGAUGAACAAACACGCUGGACAGAACAGAGUCAGACAUUUAAAGAAAAUAUUGAAUGUCUGGUUGGUGAUGUACUUGUUGCAACUGGAUUUCUUUCUUAUUGCGGUCCAUUCAAUCAAGAAUUUAGACAAAUGUUAUGCCAAUCAUGGCAGCGACUGUUAAGUCAAUAUAAUAUACCAGGGUCUACAAUCGUUAACUUAAUCUCCAUGUUAACUCGGCCAACUCAACUGGGUGAGUGGAAAAUUCAAGGUUUACCCAGUGAUGAAUUAUCCGUACAAAAUGGCAUCAUUGUUGAUCAGGCAAGUCGUUAUCCGUUGCUAAUCGAUCCACAAGGGCAGGGAAAAGCGUGGAUAAAAAGUCGUGAGCAACAGCAUAACUUGAUUAUAACUACAUUGUGGAAUAAGUAUUUCAGACAACACUUAGAAGAUGCCUUGUCAGCUGGACGUCCAUUACUGAUUGAAGAUAUCGGUGAAGAUUUAGAUCCAGCAAUGAAUGAUGUACUGGAGAAAAAUUUUAUCAAACAAGGUUCAAUUUUUAAGGUCAAGGUAGCUGAUAAAGAAAUUGAUGUAUUACCUUCCUUCCGAUUGUAUAUUACAACCAAAUUACCCAACCCAUCAUUUACACCUGAAAUCUCUGCUAGGACCUCGAUUAUCGAUUUCACAGUCACAAUGAAAGGUUUAGAAGAACAGUUACUUGGACGUGUUAUAAUGAGUGAACGACAUGAACUGGAAGCUCAGCGUGUUCAAUUAAUGCUUGAUGUUCAAUCCAAUAAAACAAAAAUUAAAGAAUUAGAAGAUAAUUUGCUAUCACGUCUAGCAAGUGUUCAAGGUUCAUUGGUAGAUGAUAUUGAUUUGAUUAGUGUAUUAAGUUCUACUAAAACAACAGCUAGUGAGGUUUCACGAAAGCUAGGAAUUGCCUCUGAAACUGAAAUGCAGAUAACCAGUGCCAGAGAAGAGUAUAGACCAGUAGCAACACGAGGUUCAGUGUUAUAUUUCGCAAUUGUUGAAAUGAGCUUGAUCAACUGUAUGUAUCAAACAUCAUUACGUCAAUUUUUAUCGCUGUUCGAUCAGUCAUUAGCAAGAUCUGAAAAGUCUCCAAUUACCACAAAACGUAUUACGAAUGUGAUUGAUUACAUGACUUAUGACGUAUGGAGAUAUAUCAUUCGUGGUUUGUAUGAAGUUGACAAAUCGACGUUUUCUCUUCUGUUAGCGUUGAAAAUUGAUAUGCAAGCUGGACGUGUUAGACAUGAGGAAUUCCAGUGUUUUAUCAAAGGUGGUGCGUCUCUGGAUUUAAACACUGUAAAACCGAAACCAUUUAAAUGGAUUACAGAUACAACUUGGUUGAAUUUAGUAGCUUUAUCGAAUUUAAAUCAGUUCGCUAGUAUUCUAGAUCAAGUAGUUAGUAAUGAACGUGGUUGGCGUCAAUGGACGAACAAACCUUCACCUGAAUUAGAACCUAUUCCUGACGGCUACCAAUCAAAUGUAGACACCUUUAAACGCCUCCUACUUAUUCGAGCGUGGUGUCCAGACCGCAUAAUGAAUCAAGCAAAUAUUUAUGUAGGUGACUGUUUAGGUAGAAAGUUUUCUGAGGGAUUUACGCUUGAUUUAGAUGGUGUCUACCAGGAAUCAACGCCUCUUUGGCCAAUGGUUGGAUUACUUAGUAUUGGUUCGGAUCCCACUACACAAAUAGAAUUGUUAGCCAAGAAGUACAAGGUUGAUUGUAAAACAAUUUCUAUGGGCCAAGGUCAAGAGAUUCAUGCUAAACGUCUAGUCAGUAAUUUAAUAACAACAGGAGGAUGGAUACUUCUGCAAAAUUGUCAUUUAUCAUUGACGUAUGUUGCUGAAUUGCUAAAUCAAAUAACUGAAAUUGAACAAAUUCAUCCAGAAUUUCGUUUAUGGGUCACAACUGAAGUACAUACUCAGUUUCCGAUUGCAUUUUUACAAACGUCGAUUAAGUUUACAAAUGAACCACCUCAAGGCAUUAGAGCUGGUUUGAAACGUACAUAUGCAACAUUUACGCAGGACUAUUUAGAUAUUAAUAAUCGACCACAAUGGAAGCCAAUGAUUUAUGCAAUAUCUUUCCUGCAUACAACAGUACAAGAGAGACGGAAAUUCGGUCCGUUAGGUUGGAAUAUUGCCUAUGAAUUUAAUACAUCUGAUCUAAAUGCCAGUCUACAAUUUGCACAGAAUCACUUGGACGAUAUGGAUCCGAAACUAGGAAUCGACUGGAAAUGUGUCAGCUACAUGCUUGGAGAAAUUCAGUAUGGCGGUCGAGUAACUGAUGAUUUCGAUAAUCGGCUUCUGAACACCUAUUGCAAAUUGUGGUUCACUGAAAACUUAUUUAAUUCAGAAUUUGAAUUUGCACCAGGUUACAAAAUCCCACGCGUGCAGAAAUUAGAUGAAUUUCUUGAUGCUAUUAAUGAAAUCCCAUUGUACGAUUCACCUCAAGCAUUUGGAUUGCAUGAAAAUGUCAAUAUUGCAUAUCAAAGUAAAAAGGCUAAAGUUAUUUUGGAUUGCAUAUUAAAUGUCCAACCAAAAGACGCAAGUACUGGUGCAUUAGAAACACGUGAAGACGUAGUACGUCGUAUGGCUGUGGACAUGCUUGACAAAUUACCACCUAAUUAUAUACAAUUUGAGGUGAAUGAACGUUUGAAUCAGAUGGGCGCGCUACAACCAAUGAAUAUUUUCCUACGCCAAGAAUUGAACAGAAUACAAAAGUUACUUACGAUAAUGCGUGAAAAUCUUGUCGACUUAACAUUGGCUAUUGAUGGUAUAAUCGUAAUGAGUGAACAGCUAAGACAAGCCCUGGAUUGUAUGUAUGAUGCCAGAAUACCCAAUCAAUGGAAAAAGCUGUCAUGGGAAUCAUCUACACUAGGAUUUUGGUUUACCGAAUUAAUCGAGAGAAAUCAUCAAUUUUAUGAAUGGUUAUAUAAUGGACGUCCAGUAUGCUUUUGGAUGACAGGUUUUUUCAAUCCACAAGGAUUUCUUACAGCGAUCAGACAAGAAGUGACACGUAGUCAUAAAGGUUGGGCGUUAGACACCGUUGCAUUAUGGAAUGAAGUUACUAGGUAUAUGAAAGAUGAUAUUCAACGUCCACCGGCUGAAGGUGCAUAUAUUCAUGGUUUAUUUCUAGAAGGUGCUGAAUUUGAUCAAAAGAAUUUGCGUCUAACUGAAUCGAAACCGAGAAUACUAUACCAGUCAAUGCCAGUUAUCCAUAUACAAGCUAUAGAUAUAUCCAAGGACAAAGAGAUACCAAAAGAAAUGCUGAAAAACCUAUAUAUAUGUCCAGUAUACAAAAAACCAUACAGAACAGAUUUAACCUAUGUCACCUCACUUUAUUUACGUUGUCCACCAAACAAAUCAGCUGAUCACUGGGUAUUAAGAGGUGUAGCUUUGUUAUGCGACAUAAGAUGAAAUAUUAUUUUUUUUACCUUAUAUUUGUAUCGCAGUUAUAUUUAUUGACCUUGAGAAUUCCAGUCAAUUAAUAUAUACAACCUCACCUCAUUGUGUUUAUACCAAUAUUUCUUUAGAAUGGGAAAG